AAUCACUUCUAUAAGAAGGCACAUUUCCUGAGUCUCUCAAAUGCCAUAACCUGGAAAAGCUCCCAUCAAAACCAGGUCCCUUGCUUCUCCAAUGGCUGUCUUGACGAAGCAAGACCCUCCACCACCGCCUGCUCUCGUGGCCUCCAUCGAUGAGAUCACCAGAAUCUACAGAUCGCUCCCUCCUAGACCCACCGUCGAGGAAGUUGAAGCGGCCUCGUCCGUGCUCGCGGCCGUGGACUCCGAAGAGAAGGCGAAGCUGGAGGAGAUCUCGAGGCAAGAGCCUCCCAAGGACGUCCCCGCGGAGGUCUGCUCCGUCUUGAAGGAGGUGAAAAGGGCCAUGCUCUUGUUCCAGGGCCAUGAGCAGAAGAAGGAGGCUCUGUACCUGAUUGACGCGGACAGGAUGUUUCAGAAGUUUGACGAGCUUAUCCAGAGAGCGUCUGAGCUGGUCUCUGGGGAUGACGGUGACCGUAGAAACGUGAGGUUUGAGGAUCCAGUUGAGAGAAUUGUGAGAGAGAGCGAGGCUGUGGAGCAGAAUUUUGUGUGCAGCGAGGUUGAUGAUGCGACAGAGAAGGAGAGUUUGAGGCAGUUGGUGAAGAGCGCUUCCACAAAAGCAACGAUCUCUAAAGGUUCGACUGAGGGAGAUUCUGAGAAAUUGAGCCUAAUGAAGGUUGCUGCCCUCAUUGAAAACUCUGCAAAAAAGGGAGCCAAAGCCCUCGAUCUCAAGGGGAAGUUGAUGGAUCAAAUCGAGUGGCUUCCCAUGUCACUCGGGAAAUUAUCUGAAGUCACCGAGUUGGACAUAUCAGAAAACCGAAUCAUGGCUCUUCCGUCCUCCAUCGGCGACCUGAGGGCCUUGACAAAGCUAUCCAUUCACUCCAACCAGCUCAUCAAUCUUCCUGAAUCAUUUGGCGAGCUAAUCAAUAUCCAAGAUCUUGAUCUCCAAGCCAACAGAUUGCGAUCCUUGCCCGCUUCCUUUGGAAAUUUGUCUAGUCUUGUCAAUCUCAAUCUGAGCUCGAAUGAGCUGACCCGAUUGCCCGAUUCCUUAGGUAAUCUGGUUUCUUUACAGAAACUAAAUGUGGAAACCAAUGAGCUUGAGGAGCUUCCUUACACAAUCGGCUCUUGUUCGUCUCUCAUCGAGCUAAGGCUAGACUUCAACCAGCUCAAGGCCCUGCCAGAGGCAAUCGGGAAGAUCGAAUCCUUGGAGGUUCUCACUUUGCAUUACAAUCGAAUCAAAGGGUUGCCUACAACUACGAGCAAUCUUUCCAACUUAAGAGAACUGGAUGUCAGCUUCAAUGAACUCGAGUCCGUGCCUGAGACCUUGUCUUUUGCCGUGAGCCUUGAGAAGUUAAAUGUCGGGAACAACUUUGCCGAUCUGAGAUCCCUACCGAGAUCGAUCGGAAAUCUGGAGAUGCUUGAAGAACUUGACAUAAGCAACAAUCAGAUAAGAGAACUGCCGGAUUCUUUCAGGUUCUUGUCAAGGCUGAGAGUUCUAAGAGCCGCCGAGACUCCUCUUGAAUUGCCUCCAAGAGAAAUAGCCAGACUCGGUGCUCAGGCGGUCGUGCAAUACAUGGCUGAUCACGUGGCUAAGAGAGAUUCCAAGUCCGAACCGACAAAGAAGAAGAAGAGAAAGUGGUUCUGGUUCCGGUUCUGGUUCUGCUCGGGUGCUUCGCCUAGUCAGACUUCCACAGAGAAGGACCUAGCCUGAGCUCAACUGUUUCACAACCUGUCCCGUGUGUAUGUCGGAACGAACACAUAUAUGAUCCUUGUCUCUCUGUCUAUUCAUUCAAGCAUUCUGUUGUGUGUAAAUUUUUGGUCGAUAUCAGUUUCUGAUAUCGAAAUUCUGUACAUAUCACAGUUCAAUGUGUAACUUAUGCUCAUGAACAUGAACAAUGCGUGUGCUGUUCUUACGCAUUUGGGCUCGUGUAAAGGGAAGAAUUUUCUUCUCGAACAUAGUCAAUUUUAACGGCUUGAUGUUGA